AAUUCUAAGAGAAUGAAUUAAUUAUUUUUAAAGAUGGCGACGACCAUGGACACAAAAUGUAGUGAAAUGACAAUAGCAAAUUAUGCCGUGUUAUCAAGGUUUUUUGUGACUCUUUUGCAGAUCCUGUUGAAAAACCUGAUACCUGAUCACCAUGCUGAUGCCUUCCACCAAGCGCCACUCCAAAAUCCAAGGUUUGCUGAUCGCUGCGUGGAGUUUCUCCUCGGAGGCUUCCGAAAGUGGGACGGGGCAUACUUCCUGCACAUUGCGGAGCAUGGCUACACGGCGGACCGCAUGCUGGUGUUCUUCCCGCUGUACCCCGGUCUGACGCGGUUGCUUGCAGACACGCUCUUCGUCCCUCUCCAGACGAUGAUGUCCGUACAGAGUGUCCUGAUGGUCUCUGGGUGGCUUGUGAGUACUGCAUCGUUCGCCAUGUCAGCAGUCAUGCUGCAUGCUCUCACCAAGAAAGUAUGCAACGAUCAGCUGAUGGCUCAUACAGCAUGGAUCCUAUACUGCAUCAACCCUGCCACUAUCUUCAUGACGGCCAUGUACACGGAAGCGUCAUUUUCAUUACUCAGCUUCACCGGGAUGAUUUUCUUGGAGAAGAAACGAUACCUGAUAUCAGCAAUCGUCUUUGGUCUGGGAACGUGUACACGAUCUAAUGGGAUCGUGGCUGUCGGAUUCGUCAUGUACCACAUGGUUCAGAUUACAAUCUUCGUCAUUGCAAGAAUCGGGUUACCUUCCAGCUUCUCCACUUUGAAGAAACUAUGCACCGUCUUUGCCAUAAAUUUAACAAGAAUAGUUUAUUCCACAGCUAUUAUUCUCACUCCCUUUGCCCUUUAUCAAAUCUAUAGCUACCUGCGCAUAUGCAAAGGUGAAACUGCAAUCUCUGUUCAAACAAUUAUGGAACACUGUCUGACUUGGGUAUUGAAAUUUGGUAGCAAUAAUACAGUGGACUCUCAAAUGAUGGACAAAUUGGAUCAGGCGCCGCUGUGGUGUCGCAAGUCAUUUGUGUUGCCUUAUUCAGAGCUACAAGCAGAACACUGGAACGUUGGUUUGCUGAACUACUACGAAUUCAAACAACUUCCAAAUUUUAUUCUUGCCCUGCCCAUAAUCAUCCUCGGUCUAUAUGGCGUGUGGGAUUACUGCAACAUGAAUUGGGAUCUAGUGAAAGUGCUUGGGUUAUACCAGCCAAUCAGAAGAGAUGUUAAGAAAACGGAUGACCCAACUGGCCAAUCAGAGGGCUUCUAUAGUUCGGGUGUAUUUGUAUAUUUGGUCCACCAUUUUGUUCUCCUUAUCUUUGGAGUACUUUGUAUGCAUGUACAGGUCAUUACAAGAUUCCUCUUUUCAAGUUCUCCAAUUCCUAUCUGGAUUGCUUCACACAUCAUCCAAUCAUCCCUCCAACAAGAUGAUACUUGUACACCCUCAAGCAAACAUAAUGGAUCAAUCCAAAAGUUCAGUCCAUUGGAGAUCACAUGGAGAAAGCAUUUAGAUUGGAAAGGUCGAUUAUUGAGGGGGUAUUUUCUAGGAUAUUGUGUCAUAGGCGUCGCGUUACAUUGCAACUUCUUACCAUGGACAUAAUGAGUAAAGUGGUUAAAGGGGAAGUUCACCCUGAAGAAAGGUUUGUUGUAAAAAUAGCAGAAAAAUAUUAGAUAAUAUUAGUGCAGGUUUGAGGAAAAUCCAUCAAAGAUUAAGAAAGUUAUUAGAAUUUUAAGUUUUUUUAUUUGUGACGUCAUGAACGAGCAGCUGCCACAUAUUUAUUAUGUAAUAUAAAAUGCAUAAAUUUCAGCCAAUCAGAUUCUUCGUUUGAAAUAUGCGAUCGAUCGCAAAGUUUGUGUUACGGGGCCUGAUGAAAUGUGCAAUAAGUUUUUAAUGUUUUUUAUAACAAAAUUUUGACUGUUAAUAUUCAAGAGACUAUAAUAAUAAUAAUAAUACAGUAUAUUUACCCAGGGUAGCCACUUCAGUUCCGAAAACUGUUCUCCCAGCGGACCCUGCUAUUAUUAUUACCCGGCUAAGCUAGGCUACCUAUUCAGGUGCACACAGCUGAACACUAUUGAAUAUUGCCAUUUUUAUUUACACAUGGGUAUGAGUUGGCAACUCUUUUUUAAUAGCCUUAUUUAUGUACAUUCAAUAGUUACUUGCCCAUGUACUACUGCAACCUCACAUAACUAGAUGCCAACAAUAGGCCUAUCAUAAGGGCAUUCAAGCCCUGCAUACCUUCACUGUAUCUGAAAUGAUUUUUACCAAAGAUAUAUAUUUGUUGACAUAGAGGGAACCCUCUGUAAGAGUGUUGUGUUAUCAAUGCUGAAUAGGGCAAUCCUUCUAGUCUUUUCUUUGUUAUCGUUGUUAUUUUAAUUGAAAAGAAAUAAACACUUUACAGCAUGAAGCAAAUA